AUGGCCGACGAGAAGCUUCCGCCGCGCGACGAGGGCGUCCUCUCCGGCAAGGCGGCCGAGGCCCGCGCCCAUGGCGGCGCCGGGGCGGCGGCGGCGGGCUCCCGCGCCGCUCCCGCUCCCGUCCCGGCAGACCCGGCUCCGGCAUAUCAAGAGAUUGCGCCGCCCGCCCUCUCACCCGCUCCCUCCGGCAACGGCGUCCCGACCGUCGCCAACCCCUUUAGUUUCCCGUCCAACGCUGAGCUGCCGCCGUACGAGGCCCCUCCCAGUGCAGCUUAUGGCGCCGGCUCCUCUUCCUCGUCCGCCGCCGCCGGAUCUUCUUCACAGGCAGACCGCCGCCCUAUCGCUCUCCCCCAGGCGGUUCCCGACCCGGCCUCACCGUUCGUCGCCGCCUACGCACCCAUCCUCCUCUCCCAUGGCGUCACCGAGGGCACCUGGCGCUCCUUUCUCGAAACCAUGUCGGCCUUCCUCACGGCCAAGGUCUCGGAUCGCGCCAUCAGCCACGCCGGCGACAUGGCCAAGCACAUGAGCGAGGCGCCCAAGAGUUUCGGCAAGGGCGUCGCCACACACGUCCGCUCCGUCGGCAAGGACAUCGCCGGCAACGCCAAGCGCGGCAACAUCAUCGGCGCCGCCUUCGGUGCCAUCGGCGGCCUCAUCUCCAUCCCUGUGGCUACGGCCCUGAGUGCUGCCGGCACCGCCAUUUCGCUGCCAGGCUCCGCCAUAGGGGCCAUAACUAAGCGCCCGCAGACGCCGUUUGAGCGCGCCACGGCCUACGCCAUGGUCGCCAACAAGAAGUGGCUGCAUGCGCGAGGGCUGCAGGCCCAGCUGGUCGAGACCACCGGCCUUGCGCAAUAUCUUAACGUCUCGCUUGACGCCCUGCUGGGAAUGGCGAGAGCCGCCAAAAGAGAUGACGCAGAGAGUCAGCUCAAGGCUCUGGAAGGGCACAUUGCGGCCCUGGAUGUGAGGGCUGAUGCGGCGCUGAGCCUGGCGCCAAAUACGCUAUGGCUGGUCUUGGUCCCCCUCGGCAAGGAAGCCACUUGA